AUGGUGGCAGAUUCUAUGGCUACAAAGGCGGAUAUUCCGGCGGUUAUGGUGGAGAUUAUGGAAGUUACGGUGGAGGUUGUGGAGGAGGCUUUGGUGGUGGAUACAUGGCUUACAGUGCUGCGUACUGUUGCUGCUGUUGCUGUUGUUAUGGAUGAUUAGAG